AGGGGCGGAUGCCUUCUGCGCCGGAAGUGGCUGCCAGACAGUAAAUAAGCCCAGAAAAGCCGCUGAGAAGCUGUCUCCAUCUUGUCGGCAGCCGCUGGGCCCGCGACGCGGAGGCGAUGGGGGGCGUGCUGGGACUGUGCUCCGUGGCGAGCUGGAUCCCAUGUUUGUGUGGCAGCGCCCCAUGCUUGCUGUGCCGAUGCUGCCCUAGUGGAAACAACUCCACUGUGACCAGAUUGAUCUAUGCACUUUUCUUGCUUGUUGGAGUUUGUGUUUCUUGUGUAAUGUUAAUACCAGGGAUGGAAGAACAACUGAAUAAGAUUCCUGGGUUCUGUGAGAAUGAGAAGGGUGUUGUUCCUUGUAAUAUUCUGGUUGGCUACAAAGCUGUGUAUCGCUUGUGCUUUGGCUUGGCCAUGUUCUACCUUCUCCUCUCUUUACUAAUGAUCAAAGUGAAAAGCAGCAGCGAUCCUAGAGCCGCUGUCCACAACGGAUUCUGGUUCUUUAAAUUUGCUACAGCAGUCGCAAUUAUUGUUGGAGCUUUCUUCAUUCCUGAAGGCACUUUUACAACUGUGUGGUUUUAUGUAGGCAUGGCAGGUGCCUUUUGUUUCAUCCUCAUACAACUAGUCUUGCUUAUUGACUUUGCCCAUUCUUGGAAUGAAACGUGGGUUGAAAAAAUGGAAGAAGGAAACUCAAGGUGUUGGUAUGCAGCCCUGUUAUCAGCUACAGCUAUGAAUUAUUUGCUGUCAUUAGUUGCCAUCAUCUUAUUCUUUGUCUACUACACUCACCCAGCCGGUUGUUCGGAAAAUAAGGCAUUUAUCAGUGUCAACAUGCUUCUCUGCAUUGGUGCUUCUGUAAUGUCUAUACUGCCCAAGAUCCAAGAAUCACAACCAAGAUCUGGUUUGUUACAGUCUUCAGUAAUUACAGUCUACACAAUGUAUUUGACAUGGUCUGCUAUGACCAAUGAACCAGAAACAAAUUGCAAUCCAAGUCUACUAAGUAUCAUUGGCUUCAAUACUACAAGGCCUCUCCCAAAGGACGGGCAGUCUGUCCAGUGGUGGCAUCCCCAAGGAAUUAUAGGACUGGUUCUCUUCCUACUGUGUGUGUUUUACUCAAGCAUCCGUACUUCCAACAAUAGUCAGGUUAAUAAACUGACUCUAACAAGUGAUGAGUCAACACUGAUAGAAGAUGGGAAUGCCAGAAGUGAUGGAUCCCUAGAAGACGGGGAUGAUGUUCACCGAGCUGUAGAUAAUGAGAGGGAUGGCGUCACUUACAGUUACUCCUUCUUUCACUUCAUGCUUUUCCUGGCUUCGCUUUAUAUCAUGAUGACCCUCACCAACUGGUACAGGUAUGAACCUUCGCAUGAGAUGAAGAGCCAGUGGACAGCAGUGUGGGUGAAAAUCUCUUCCAGCUGGAUUGGCAUCGUGCUGUACGUUUGGACACUGGUAGCACCACUGGUUCUUACAAAUCGUGAUUUUGACUGAAUCGGACUUCUGGCAUGAAAGUCCCAUUUUGGUCAUUGUUUAUUUGACAUUAACAGUAUUCGCAGUUUUUGUAAAGUUGUAUGCGUUGUUGUAUAACUAUUUUUCUCUUGCAUGAAUUAGAUUUACUGUGCCAUUUUUUUCACAUUCUUGCUAAGUGUAUUGAUGAUAUGAACUGCAAAGGGAGAAUUUUGAAUAAGGUAGUAAAUUAGGAAAGAUGGAUGCUGAUAGACAUAUCAUCUACUUUGUACAUAUGAAAUUAAAAGUGACAAGAAUUCUUAACAAUUGGUUUCAAAAUUGUGUUAGACCUUAUGCUAUUUUAGAAACAUAACUAUGGCUGCCUUUUCAAAUACUUGGUGUGUUGCCUUACAGAGGACUGCAAAGCAAAUAGCUGUUCUAAUAUUAUGUAGAUAAGUCACAAACUAGUUGUCUGAAAAAUGCAAGUCACUUUUAGGUUUGCCAGGAUUUUCUCUUACUUGGUACAGAAUGUUCAUGUUCAAUGGAAAAGUUAGGAUGUGGAGGGAAGCUAAGGAACAUACAAAAGCCUUCAUAGAAAAGUCUCCAGUAGUAGGUUUUAAAGUGAAUACUCAUAGAUUAUGAGAUCUAAGACCUUAGAUCAUGACUUUCUGUAAAAACGGGUGGCCUUCACCAACAAAAUGAACUUUGGUCUUUACAAACAUACAAUUAUGGAUUUCAGAGAGAUGUUAGCAGCUCUGAAACAUUUAUACAAGGUUUUAAAAAGGAAAAUCAUGUGUUAGAAAAAUUUGACGCUAAACAUUUGCAAAUCAAACUGGGAAACCUCGGAUGGAACAUGAAGUGUUGUUACACUCUGGGCUGGGUACUUAAGAUCUAGUCCAGCUCAAGUAGCUAGUUAGUGGCAACGUUGAGAAACUGUGUUUACCAAAACUAGCCAAUAUUCUGACAUAAAACUUUUGUAUCCAAAAUGCACUAUUCACUUAAUAAAUCAUUAACAGUAGAUAAUUUGUGUGAUAUGUAUUGCUGCUAUUCAGCAUGCUUUUUAUCCAAACAUGAAGUCCAGGAGUAUAAAUGAACUUGUUAGAAUAGACUACUUACAUUAUAUAACACUAUACAUUUAAACAUUGCUUAAAAUGUUUGUAUUUACUGCCAUGUAGUUGAUAGUCAACUUGAUUUAGAUAAAAAUGCUUAUUUAUGUGUAAAUUAGUAUUUAGUAAAGCUUAAAUUUGCUUCUUUAAAAAUAUUUAUUCUGCACAUGGAAUAUAACAAUUACUCUUAAUUUCCCAAACUUACUCUGUGUUACUAUUGUGUUUCACAAUUUUGAAUGGCUGUUAUGUGUCUUAAAUAAAUGAAUUCAGAGAAAA